UUCACCACCACCACAAACACACACCUACACAUUCACCACCACCACAAACACACACCUACACAUUCACCACCACCACAAACACACCCCUACACAUUCACCACCACCACAAACACACCCCUACACAUUCACCACCACCACAAACACACCCCUACCUACACGCUGCACACGCCCCCAGUGACGCUGCCGUGAAUCAGUGGGGCCUGGCCCUUCCCCGGAGGUGCUGCUGCUGCUGGUGGUCACUCAGACUGCGAGACGUGAGAGUUCGCUGCUAGUGAGUAGUGGCGAGAAAGCAGUGGGUGGUGGUGGUGCUGGUGGUCACUCAGACUGCGAGACGUGAGAGUUCGCUGCUAGUGAGUAGUGGCGAGAAAGCAGUGGGUGGUGGUGCUGGUGGUCACUCAGACUGCGAGAUGUGAGAGUUCGCUGCUAGUGAGUAGUGGCGAGAAAGCAGUGGGUGGUGGUGGUGCUGGUGGUCACUCAGACUGCGAGACGUGAGAGUUCGCUGCUAGUGAGUAGUGGCGAGAAAGCAGUGGGUGGUGGUGGUGCUGGUGGUCACUCAGACUGCGAGACGUGAGAGUUCGCUGCUACUGAGUAGUGGCGAGAAAGCAGUGGGUGGUGGUGCUGGUGGUCACUCAGACUGCGAGACGUAGAAGUUCGCUGCUAGUGAGUAGUGGCUAGAAAGCAGUGGGUGGUGGUGCUGGUGGUCACUCAGACUGCGAGACGUGAGAGUUCGCUGCUAGUGAGUAGUGGCGAGAAAGCAGUGGGUGCUGGUGCUGGUGGUCACUCAGACUGCGAGACGUGAGAGUUCGCUGCUAGUGAGUAGUGGCGAGAAAGCAGUGGGUAGUGGUGCUGGUGGGUGGAUUCAUGGUGAGAGGUGUGGUGGUGGUGGUGAGCGACGCGGCGGUGAGCGGCGAUGGCUGGGUUACAGAGCGGAGGGUGGUGAUGGCGACGAUGGUGGCUCUGUUUGGAGACAAAUAGCCUAUCCCGGUGGCGAACAUUCCACAUUCCCAUGACGGGAAUGCGUAUAGACUUUGGAUGAGAACUUCACCGUCUUUCGUUCAACACGGCCCUGUAGAGCUGAACACGUCCACAUAUAAAAACAUCAACAACAACCGCCAUUCGCCACUAAGUGGCGGUGACGUCACCACGACGCUUGUGCCACACAUAAAAACACGCGCAUACAGGUGCGCUGCCUACCAGGUACGCACACCCACGCGAAUACCCGCGUGCACAAGAGACGAAGAUCCCCCGUGGAGCCUUAACAGACUGUUGGGGGCAAGUGCCGUCAGCGAGCAGCGCCGUUAAAGCACAGGAGGAGGGGGUUGGGGUUGGCCCAGCGAGCGCCACGCCACGCCACGCCACAACCCCACGCACGCACGCGCGCUGUGACUCCCUCCGUGCGUCUCUUCCAAGCUUCCCCUUUGCCGGAGCAACUCGCGGCCACACGACGGGCCAAGCAUGCAUCAAAACUCAAGUACCACCGCCAUCGCCGCCACCGCCGGCACCGCGUCGAGCUCGCAGCUCGCCAAUCUCGCGGACUUCAAGUCCACGUACCUGCCCGCGACCUACAGCUUCGUGUUCUGCGUGGGCCUUCUCACGAACGUGGCCGCCAUCUGGACCUGCUGCCGCCGCGCCGCCAGGCCCUGGAACGGCCUCACGGUCUACACCUUCAACCUGGCGCUGGCCGACCUCCUGUACGUGACAUCGCUGCCGCCCUUCGUCCACUACUACACGCACGGCUCCGCGUGGAUCUUCGGCGACUGGCUGUGCCGCGCGGGCCGCUUCGUCUUCCACGUGAACCUCGGCUGCAGCGCGCUGUUCCUCACGUGCAUCAGCGCGCACAGGUACGCCGGCAUCGUGCACCCGCUCUGGUCCAGGGGCCGGCUGCGGCCCGGCACCGCCAGGGCGGUGAGCGCGGCGGUGUGGGCCCUGGUGGCGAUCCUCCUGCUGCCCACGUUCCACUUUGUUCGAGAGGGACCCGCGGGAGACGACGGGGCGGCGACGGCGGCGGCGGUGGGCGACCUCGUCAAGUGCUACGACAGCGCGAGCGACGCCGACCUGCUCGUCUACCUGCCCUACAGCGUGGCGCUGUCGGUGGUCACCUUCGCCGUGCCAUUCGCCGUCACCUUCGCCUGCUACGGCUUCGUCGCCUCGACGCUGCUCGGCAACCGCAGCGUGGGCGCCGGCGUGCGGCGCCGCUCCCUCGCGCUCGUCGCCGUCGUCCUCCUCCUCUUCUCUGUCAGCUUCCUGCCCUACCACGUGACGCGCAACCUCAACCUGGCCUCGCGCCUCUACCUGCGCCGGGCGGACGCCGCCGCCAACCGCCGCAUCUACGCCGCCUACCAGGCGUGCCGGGGCCUGGCCAGCCUCAACAGCUGCUUCAACCCCAUCGUCUACUUCCUGGCCAGGGAAGACGUGCGCUCGUCCAUCAGGCGCGGUGCCAUCCGGGUCGCCACGCUGCCCCGCGGGACGCCCCUGUUGGGCAGGAAGGCGGUGGCCGUGGUCCUCGAGGGUGGUGUCGAUGACAAGGACAAGGAGGUGGAGGAGGAGGAGUGCUCCUUCGUGUAAGGGGGGGAAGGUGGGAGGGGGGCGGGCCCUUCGUGGAUGAGGGCCGCCCGGUCUCUUGCGGCCGAGUGGUCACGGCAGUGAUACGCUGAUGGCGCACGCCAGCAGACGCCGAGAAUCCCAUUCGACUCUACGCUCACGCGUGGCGGCAAUGUGGUUCGGGUGCUCAGUGGUCAAGGACGUUCGAAAGCUCGAUGCCAAUGUCAAGGCCUGCUGCUGCUGGUCACGAUGGGAGAGGGCUUCAGCAGAGAGAGGAGUCCGCGUCGUUUUGCUUGAUCCUCCGUUGAAGGAGUGUCGAGUAGACGGUGGUUUACUGUACGGUCCACAGUUUGGGUGACAUGCCCACGAUCGAACGUCUGUGGCUUGUUUCUUCAAUCUUCUGUUCAGGAAGGAGACGUGCACAGUGGUCUGUUGCUGAUGUUCUGAUGCGGAUGAUGGUUCCACCACCGGUGUCUUCGAGGUGGAAUGUCAAAGCCAGGAGGUGCGAUGAUAUUGAGGUCUCGAAGGAAGAGGUGUUCGUUGCGAGUGUCCGCGUUGUUACGCUCCGUUCGCCAGCGGUCUUCCCGAUCUGCGUGGGACUCGAGGAUGGCGACAGCGGCUUCUGCGCGAUCACAGAAGGGUCAACGGGGACUUGUGUCGGUGAGGGGACAGUGUCGAGGACUUGGUUGAUGGGUAGGUCAGUUUAACACGUAGGCUUUCGCAACCGAUAUCCAUAAUGGAGGUUUUUGGGUUUUCUCGCGUAAAAUUCAUGUGUCGUUAAACCCGCCACCACCCGACACAGCUAAUUAGUAAGGUUUGGUACGCAAACAGAGCAUGCCAAUUCGUUAUUAGU